AUGAAUAGUAAAUAGAAGGCCUUUGCCUUGCUGUUGCUCUUUAUGCUCUCAGGAGUAUAAGUGAUGACAUAGGAUUUGACUGAUGAAUAAAAAAAGUUAUUAGAACAAUCCUAAGAAACCCAUGAAUUCUAAGCUGAAACAGGUAGAUUGAUGGACAUUCUUAUCAAUUCUCUCUAUACUCAAAAGGAAAUCUUUCUUAGAGAAUUAAUCUCAAAUGCUGCCGAUGCCCUUGAUAAACUUCGUUUCUUAAGUGUUAGAAAUCCAGAGAUUUUGGGAGACAAGACAGAAUUAGCAAUAAGAAUUGAAAUAAAUACAGAAGAGAAGUCAGUUUCAGUAACAGACAGUGGUAUUGGUAUGACUAAGAAUGACCUAAUUUCCAAUUUGGGUACAAUAGCAAAAUCAGGAACAACUCAAUUCAUCGAGGCAAUCAAAGGUGGAAAUGUAAAUUUGAUUGGUCAAUUUGGUGUUGGUUUCUAUUCAUGCUUCUUGGCAGGACAGAAGGUUACUGUUGCAUCAAAGAACUCAGAUGAUGAUUAAUACAUUUGGGAAUCUCAAGCAGCUCAUUCAUUUGCUGUAUCUAAAGAUCCAAGAGGAAACACUUUGGGUCGUGGUACUUAAGUCACUAUUCAUUUGAAAUAAGAUGCAGUAGAAUUUGCUGAAGAAUCUACAAUUAGAGAGUUGAUCAAAAAGUACUCUGAAUUUAUCAAUUUCCCAAUUUACUUGAAGGUGACAAGAGAAGUUUCAAAGUAAGUAGAGGAGGAAUCAGAAUAAUAAUAAGAUCAAUAAGAUCAAUAGGAUUAAACUGAUGAUGAUGAAGUCAAAGUUAAAGAUGAUGAUGAUGAUGAUGCAGAUACAAAGAAAAAGGCAACUAAAACAAUUAAAGAGAAGGUGUCUGAGUGGGUGUAAGUAAAUGAAAACAAAGCUAUUUGGUUGAGACCAAAGGAAGAGAUAUCAGAUGAUGAUUAUAAGAAAUUCUAUAAAGUCUUGUCUAAAAAUUCAGGUGAAGAUCCAUUCAACUGGGUUCAUUUCAAAGCUGAAGGUGAAGUUGAAUUCACAUCUCUUAUUUAUGUUCCAAAGAGAGCACCCAGUGAUAUGUUCGAUAAUUAUUAUGGAAAAUAAACUACAAACUUGAAAUUGUAUGUCAGAAGAGUUUUGAUCAGUGAAGAAUUCGAAGAUAUUCUUCCAAGAUAUUUAAGUUUUGUUAAAGGUGUUAUUGAUUCUGAUGAAUUACCCUUAAAUGUCAAUAGAGAAACACUUCAAUAACUUAAGAUGUUGAAGGUCAUCAGUAGAAAGAUUGUUAAGAAGAUCUUGGAAUUAUUCUAAGAUGCUGCCUCAUAUGAUGAUGAAGAUGAGGAAGAUACUGAAGAAGGUGAAGAGGAUGAUAACAUGGCUGAAACUACUCCAGAAGAAUAAUAAAGAUUGAAGGAUGAGAAGAGAAAGAAGAAGAUCGAUGAAUACAAUGAAUUCUGGAAAGAGUAUGGAAAAAAUAUCAAAUUGGGUGUCAUUGAAGAUUCAUCAAACAGAUAGAAAUUGGCUGAAUUAACAAGUAUGUUAUGCAAUGAUGACAAAUUAAUAUGGAUAAUAAAUGGAAUUAUUUCUAUUUAUUAAUCGUCUGAUCUAACAUAACAUAUUUCUAAUCCAACAUUAUCCAUAUAUUAAAUAUUAUACCUAAUAUUUUAUUUUAGGUGGUAUUCAAGCAAGAAUGCAACUGAAUUAACUUCAUUUGAUGACUAUAUUGAAAGAUCAAAACCAGGAUAAGACUCUAUCUAUUAUUUGGCAGGUGAAAAUAAGGAAUAAUUGUUGUCAUCUCCAAUCAUUCAAGGCUUAAUCAAGAAAGGAUAUGAAGUCUUAUUGUUAGAAGAUCCAGUUGAUGAAUUCACAUUCUAACACUUGAAUGAAUAUAAACAAAAGAAACUCACUAAUGUUGGCAAAGGUGACUUCAAAUAACCAGAAGAUAAUGAUGAACAAAGAAAGAAAUAAAAGGCUUUGAAGAAAGUGUUCUAACCCUUGACUGACUGGUGGAGAAAGUUAUUAUCAGAAAACGUUGAUUCAGUCGUCAUUUCAUAAAGAUUGAUUGAGGAUCCCAUCAUUGUUGUUUCCUCAGAAUCAGGAUAUUCAGCUAAUAUGGAAAGAAUAUCAAAGGCUUAGGCUUAUUCAAGCAAGGGAAGCAAUUCUUAGCAAUUUGGUAAGAAGAUUGUUGAAAUCAAUCCAAAUCAUUAAGCCAUAUAAGAAUUGUUACAGAGAGUUAAAGAUGAUCCUGAUUAGGAAACUGAAGAAAUGGCUAAAGUUCUCUAUGAGGCUGCUUUGGUCAAUUCAGGCUAUUCAAUCCCAAGUCCAGAAAAGUUUGCUAGUAGAUUCUAUAAAUUAUUCAAUUCAGCCUUGGGUAUUGACAGAGAUGCACCAAUUAAGGAAUUCGAAGUUGAAAUCGAAGAGGAACCUGAGGCAUCAUCUGAACCACACAUCGAUUAAGAUGGAACUAAAUGGGAAAAAGUAAAUACAGAUGACGCAAAAUGGGAAACUGUAAGUGAUGAUAAAAGAGAUGAUUUAUGAUUCAUUUAUACGUUUGUAUUGUAAAUUUUUUAUCUUAUUUAUUUUCAA